AUGAGAGCCGGGUGCCUCUGCCGCUUCCCUGCAGAGCUGUCGAGAUGGAGUUUCAAGCGGUGGUGAUGGCAGCUGGUGGGGGAUCCCGCAUGAUGGACUUGACUUCCAGCAUCCCCAAGGCCCUCCUGCCAGUAGGCAACAAACCUUUGAUCUGGUACCCCUUAAAUUUGUUAGAGCGAAUCGGAUUUGAAGAGGUCAUUGUGGUUACAACCAAAGAAGUCCAGAAGAUGCUUAAUCUAGACACAAAGAUGAAGUUGGAUAUAGUGUGCAUCCCUGAUGAUGCAGACAUGGGUACUGCAGACUCACUGAGGCACAUUCAUUCAAAAAUUAAGACUGAUGUCUUGGUGCUGAGCUGUGAUCUGAUCACAGAUGUGGCUUUACAUGAGGUUGUGGAUCUGUUUCGAGCCCAUGAUGCCACAGUCUCCAUGCUGAUGAAGAAAGCUCAUGAACCCACAGAAAUGAUACCUGGGCAGAAAGGGAAAAAAAAGCCUGUGGAGCAGCGUGACUUCAUUGGAGUGGAUGACACAGGAAAGCGGUUACUCUUCAUGGCUAAUGAAGCUGACUUGGAUGAAGAACUUGUCAUUAAGAGAUCCCUGCUUCAGAAACACCCUCGAGUGCACCUCAGGACAGGGCUGGUGGACGCCCAUCUCUACUGCCUGAAGAAAUACGUGGUGGACUUCCUUGCAGAAAAUCGGUCAUUAACGUCUCUCCGAAGCGAGCUGAUUCCGUAUCUAGUUAGGAAGCAGUUCUCCUCCGCGGCAUGCGUCCGACAAGGACGGGACAGCAAAGAGCAGGAUCAAAAGAAGGAUGAAAAGUCAUUAGACAUCUACAGCUUCGUGAAGGGGGAUAGCUUGCUGGAAUUGGCCCCGGAUAAAUCCUGCUGGAACAAUCUCCGAGGGGAUAUGAGUGAGGCGUUCCAUGGCGGCAGAGUGCGUUGCUAUGUCCACAUCAUGACAGAGGGGCUCUGUUACCGCGUGAACACUCUUGGCUUGUACAUUGAAGCCAACAGACAGGUUCCUAAGCUGCUGCCUGCUCUUCUGUGUCCAGAGGAGCCGUUGGUCCAUGCGUCUGCUCAAGUCACUGACAGAACCCUGGUUGGAUCUGACAGCAUCAUUGGUCCGUCCACGCAGGUUGGAGAGAAGACAUCCAUUAAACACUCUGUCAUUGGCACCACAUGCACGAUAAAAGACAGAGUUAAAAUAACUAACUGCAUCAUCAUGAACUCGGUCACAAUUGAGGACGGGUGCAGCCUCCAGAACUGCCUGAUCUGCCAUAACGCCGUGAUAGAGAAAGGAGCCGACCUCAGGGACUGUUUGAUCGGAAGCGGCCAGCGUCUGGAACCCAAAGCCAAACACCUGAACGAGGUCAUCGUGGGCAGCGAGCAGCUGAUGGAAAUCUAGCCAGGGCCCCCACCGUCGCGAGAUGGCUCGUCUGGAGCAGGCCUGGCAGAGCGUGCGCUGUCAUCCCUCCUUUCCCGGCCAGCCCUGGGUUUGUGUCUUAAUAAAGAAGCGUUUCCCCAGUG